AUGGACCCUUAGCUUGGAGAGGAACAUAGAUAACUUCUGGAGAUGAAUCAAAAGUAACUAUUGUCUUACGGCACUUCUGGCUUUAGAGAAGAAUCAAAAUAUUUGAAAUUUGUCGGUUGGAGAGUGGGAAUCUUCAUUGGACAAAUGUCUAAGAACACAAAAUUAAAAUUAGGAGUCAUGAUAACAGCAUCUCAUAAUAAGAUUAUUGAUAAUGGUUUUAAGAUAGUGCCACCCAAAGGUGGGAUGCUGUCAAUUGAGGAAGAGUAGAAUAUAGAAAUAUUUUAUAAAUCCGAUGAAAUCGUUAAAUCCGAAACAUUAUAUGAUACUGGAAUAGUCUAUGUGGGAAGGGAUACUAGACCAUCUAGCGAAUCAUUAUGUUAAAUAGUCCUAGAAGGAAUAAAGGAAGCUGGAGCUAAUGGAAUUAAUUUAGGAAUUGUAACAACACCUUAAUGUGCAUUUUUAGUGUAUGCGACAAAUUUAGGCUUAGUAAAUUAAAUAGAAUCUAAAUAAGAAUUUUUUGUAGAGUAUUUUUGCGACAUUUUUUUGCAAUUGGUCAAAACCCCUAUAAAAGGGACAUUAGUUAUUGAUGGAGCAGAAGGUGUUGGGGGAAUAUGGAUGAAAUAAUUUUAAGAAAGAUUAGCAACGUUAUUAACAAUUAAGAGAAUCAAUUAUGGGGAAGAAUCGCAUUUAUUAAAUGAUUGUUGUGGCUCAGAAUUCGUUUAAAAAGAAAAGAAAUUACCUAAAUGCUUUGUUUAUGAUCCAACUUAUAGGUAUGCAUCAUUAGAUGGCGAUGCUGAUAGAUUAGUUUAUUAUUCUUUUAAUGAAAAUAAGUUGUAAAUUAUUGAAGGUGAUAGAUUUGCUAUACUAUUUGCAAUGUAUAUCAAAUAACAACUAGAAAAAUAGCCUGCUUUAAAAUUAACUAUCGGUAUUAUUUAAACAGCAUAUGCAAAUUCAGCAUCAACUAAAUACAUUACAGAAAAAUUAGGAAUUGAAGCUAAAUAUGCACCCACAGGAGUCAAAUAUUUGCAUAGAGCUGCUCAUGAGUUUGAUAUCGGAAUCUAUUUUGAAGCAAAUGGACAUGGAGCUGUUAUUUAUAAAAACCAUGUUCUGUAAAAAGUCAAGGAGUUUGAACUUUUUGAACUUGAAUUAUUUUUAAGACUCUCAAAUUAAGCAAUAGGAGAUGCUAUUACUAAUAUUUUAAUGACAGAGUUCCUGUUAAACAAAUUAGAAAUGAAUAUUUAAGAUUGGUUAUUAAUCUAUCUAGACUACCCUGCACUGUCAACCAAGUUGUAUGUAAAAAAUAAAUAAAUCAUUAAAACCAAUUAUGAAGAAACAUCCUUAAUUGAACCAAUAGAUCUUAAAUAAAAAGUGGAUGAAAUAAUGUCAAAAUAUGAUAAUUCAUAUCGAACUUGUAUUAGACCAUCAGGCACUGAAAAUGUCGUAAGAGUACAUAGUGAAGGUCCCUAGCUUGAAAUUAUUCGAGAAAUAGACUCUAGAAUCAAUGAACUGUUAAAAUCGUACAUGGAGAUAUGAAAAUUUAUAAUAUCUGCAUCGUUUACAUAUAUAAAUAUUUUAGUUUUAUA